UGAUUUUGCACAAUGACUAUGGUUGGUAUCCUAGUACUAGCACUAUGUCUGGUUUCUGCAUCAGACAUGGGUGAGGCAGAAGAAGUUAUGGCCUCUCCAAUCUCUGUUUGUACACCAGUAUUUCAAUACUUCCCCUAUUGCUUGGAAUUCCUUGUGGGGGAUCCAAAUUUCAGCACGCCCUCAAGAAAAUGCUGCCAACAUGUGAUGGAGCUUAACACAUUAGCCCAUCAUGGGAUUGGUCCCAAGACCAUUUGUUGGUGCAUUGAGAUCAUGGUUAAGGGAAUGACACCACCAUUGCUGCCCUCCAAGAUCCAAGAUCUUCCCCAUAUGUGUAACACCACUCUCAGCUUUCCCAUCUCUGACAGCAUGAAUUGUUCCAAGGUGAGUUAGGAUAUACCAUGAUCUGCAAUAGAAUAAUCAUCCAGGAGGCUCUUGACAAAUGAAUAAGAGACACAUGUUGGAGUUAAUAAACAUUAAUCAAUGGUGUUGGAAGAUAUUAUUAGAAGCCUUAGAAUACAAAGUGGAAUUAUAAUGAUGUUACAUAUCUUUGUCUUGUCACCCAAGUAGUUCCAGAAAGAUAAAGAUGUUGCUUGCAACUGUAGUUAAAGAUAAUAAAGCAAACUAAAUCUCAAAAGCAAAAAGGA